AUGGUAGAUGCAGCUUCCUCCAGUCACGAAGAGAUAGAUAUUGAAGCGGCCAAGCGAAAAUAUGAAGAAAAGCGGCGAAGAAUCGAAGAAGAAGAGCAGCGAGCACGACGCGAUGGAAUGAACUUGUCGUCCGGAGACGAUAACGACGAUGUUGAUGACAUGUUUCUGACGGCGUUACAGCGCAAAAGAGAAAAACAGCAUCGUCGGGCGCUUCUGAAGCAAGUACUAGCGCCGACGUCGAAUCAGAUGGAAGAAAUCGAGCGGAAACGGAAGCGAAAGGAAGAAGAACGACAAAACGAGGAGGCGAGGAAAACGCUUUUGGAGAAGCAUGUCGAAAUUAUGGAAAAUAAAGAAGAGGAAGAUGAUCUGGAAAAACAGAAGCGUGAAGAGGAAGAGCUAUUGGAGAAGGUAACUCGUGGUGGUGGGCUGCUUGCGGUUGCGGAAAUGUCGAAAGGCGAAAAAUAUACGGAUCCGAUAGAAACCGGCUGGACGCCUCCCGGUCACAUUCGGAAACAAUCUCAAGAUGAUUAUGAGAACCAAAGGAAGCGGCGAGGAAUCACCGUAGAAGGCGAAAACGCGCCGCCGCCCAUCGGAAGCUUUUUGGAGAUGAAACUUCCAAAAUCGAUUUUAAAUGCUCUAAAAAGUAAAGGAAUUGUGGCACCGACUGCAAUUCAAGUACAGGGAAUUCCCGUAGCAUUAACGGGGCGCGAUAUGAUUGGAAUUGCCUCGACGGGCUCCGGUAAAACGAUGACGUUCGUUCUCCCAUUGGUCAUGUUUUGCCUCGAGCAGGAAUCAACGUUGCCAUUUCGAAAGAAUGAAGGACCAUUUGGGUUGAUAAUAGUGCCAUCGCGAGAAUUGGCGAGACAAAUCUACGAUCUUGUCAUUGAAAUGUUCGAAGCCAUUGAGAAAAAUGGUGGUCCGAAUAUGCGCGCCGCGCUUUCUAUUGGAGGCGUGCCGAUCGCCGAACAGGCCAAAGAUGUUCGAGACGGUGUGCAUAUUUGUGUGGCAACGCCUGGAAGACUUUCGGACAUUCUCACAAAGAAAAUCCUCAAUUUGGAAGUUUGCCGCUAUUUGGUUCUCGAUGAAGCCGAUCGAAUGCUUGACAUGGGAUUCGAAGAUGAGAUCAAGAACAUCUUCUACUUCUUCAGAGCGCAACGACAAACGCUUUUGUUCUCGGCGACGAUGCCCAAGAAGAUUCAGAAUUUCGCCAAGUCGGCGUUAGUCAAACCAAUUGUGGUGAAUGUUGGAAGAGCUGGAGCAGCUUCUCUCAAUGUGCUUCAAGAGAUUGAGUAUGUGCGAUCGGAGAACAAAUUGACAAGAAUUUUGGAAUGUUUGCAGAAGACGCCGCCAAAAGUUCUCAUUUUUGCUGAAAAGAAAAUUGAUGUCGAUAAUAUUUAUGAAUAUUUGCUAGUUAAAGGAGUUGAAGUCGCUUCGAUUCACGGAGGAAAAGAUCAAGCGGAUCGGCAUGCGGGUAUUGAUGCGUUCCGCAAAAAUGAGAAGGAUGUCCUCGUUGCCACCGAUGUCGCUUCAAAAGGUCUCGAUUUUCAAGGAAUCGAGCAUGUCAUCAAUUUCGACAUGCCUGAGGACAUUGAGAAUUAUGUGCAUCGUAUUGGACGUACCGGACGAUCGGGCCGAAAGGGUCUUGCGACGACAUUCAUCAACAAGAAGGCCGAAAUCUCGGUACUGUCUGACUUGAAGCAGCUUCUCGUUGAGGCUGGCCAGGAGCUGCCCGACUUCCUCAAUGAGAUCGCUGGAGAAGAGGGUCUUGCACCGGCGGGAAGUGGCGGCGAGAAAGGCUGCGCCUAUUGUUCGGGUCUCGGCCACCGAAUUACCGAGUGUCCGAAACUGGCGGGAAUUUCGAACAAGACGACGCAGGCUCUGGUUCGCGGCGGCGGAGAAGACGGAGCAUAUUGA